UGAUAGAAAUAAUAAAAAAAACUCCAAAGAUCAUGGAUGUUGGUAAUGUUUUCCAUAUGACUGGUGGAAAUGGCCAUACCAGCUAUACAAAUAAUUCCUCUCUUCAGAAGAAGGGCUCAGAUAUGGUGAAACACAUAACCCUAGAAACAGUGCAAGAAGUUUAUCUGACAACAACUCCAAAAGUGUUGGGGAUAGCUGAUCUGGGUUGUUCUUCUGGUCCAAACACUUUAUCUAUUAUCAAAGAUAUAGUGGAAGCUGUCCAAACGACAAGUCGUUCGAUCAUGGUUCCACCACCACAGUUCCAUGUUUAUCUCAAUGAUCUUCCAACAAACGACUUCAACUCCAUCUUUAAGUCCUUACCAGAUUUUUCAAAAAAACUACUUCUUAACAAGGAAAGACAAGAUUCUAUCUUCAUAGGAGCCUAUCCUGGCUCAUUCUAUGGAAGACUCUUACCCAACAACUCUCUUCACUUUGUCUAUUCUUCUUACAGUUUGCAUUGGCUCUCUAAGGUUCCUCCAGCUUUAUAUGAUGAGAAGGGAGUGUCUAUAAACAAAGGCAGUAUUUACAUCUCUGAGAGGAGCCCAAAAGAGGUUACACAAGCAUACUUGAAUCAAUUUCAGAAGGAUUUCUCAGUGUUCCUUGGAGCAAGAUCCAAAGAAGUGAUUCAAGGUGGAAAAAUGGUGCUUAUCUUAUUGGGAAAAGAAGGCCCUCAUCAUCAUAUUGAUAGAGGCAACUCUUUCUUUUGGCAACUCUUAUCUCGUUCUUUUUCUAUAUUAGUCUCCAAGGGUGUUAUUGAGGAGGAGAAGGUUGAUUCUUACGAAGUGCAUUUCUAUGCACCAUCGAAAGAUGAAAUUGAGGAACAAGUAAGAAGAGAGGGCUCUUUCGAAUUGACCCUAUUCGACGUGUUCGAAAUGGAGAGAAAUAACAACAACAAUAACAUGAAUAAGAGCCAUGGAACAACCAUUGCAAUGGCAGUAAGAGCUAUACAAGAAUCCAUGAUCAGUCACCACUUUGGAGAAAGGAUUUUGGACAGUUUGUUUGAAAUUUAUGGAAGGUUGAUAGAUGAAGAAAUUGCUAAAGAAGAUAUCAGGCCAAUAACUUUUGUUGUCGUUCUUAAGAAAUUGUGAACAAUUUUAAUUUCAAAGUAAUUUAUAUUUUUGAAAAGUUCUUGUUGUUAAUGUAGUCCUUGGAAGGCCAAUUAGGCUAUUGUUCUUUGUGAAUUAUUUGGCUACAUUUACUAUGUCUCUCUACUAAAUAAAUAAGAGAUUUUUUAUAAAAUACAUUUUUGUUUUUGUUUUUGUUUUUGUUUUGACUUUUUUCACCGUU